AUGCCGGUGACGGACAGGGGCCGGCGCUCGCCAGGACAGGGCGUACGGGCCAUGGUCACCUCUGUGGACAAUCCCCUGGACCCGCUGCAGAGUCUCUCCGCCUGUACCUCCCUGGCUGCUCCUGCAAGCACUGGACGGCAGCUCCUCCAGAUCAUCGGCUCCGCCGCAUUGGCUUCGACCAGUCCCCAGCUCCGGCACCACCAGCAGCUCAGCACCAGGGCCCUGGAUCACCGCAGCGGCACCCACGGCUCCCAGCCUCUAACAGCGCUGCAGGAAUCCAUAACGUCUCAGCUGAUAACAUCUCGAUACGUCCCACCGCCAACGUCCAUCGGACGAAAAGCUCAACGGAGAAGGACAGCGCCAACGGCUCCUCCAGGGGAGCCGGGAUACGGGACGAGGGGGAUGGCUUCCAACAGCAUCUUCGACUCCUUCGCCACCUACUCCUCUGCUUUCCUGCGCGGUCGUAGCCCUCGGAGAUGUGCCCGACGGGACCCUCGGAGAGUGCCCGACGGGACGGUGGUCACGGUGAUGGCAGGGAACGACGAAAACUACUCGGCAGAGCUCCGCAACGCCUCCGCCGUGAUGAAAAACCAAGUAGCAAGAUUCAACGACCUCAGAUUUGUUGGGAGAAGCGGCAGGGGAAAAAGCUUUACCCUGACGAUCACCGUGUUCACCAACCCCACCCAAGUCGCUACCUAUCACCGAGCCAUUAAAGUGACUGUAGACGGACCCCGGGAGCCACGAAGGCACAGACAAAAGCUAGAAGACCAAGCCAAACCCUUCACCGACCGCUACGGGGAGCUGGAACGGCUGCGCCAGUCCAUGAGAGUCACCCCAACAACACCCAACCCCCGCGGAUCCCUCAGCACCCCAAGCCACUUUGGGUCCCAGGCUCAAACUCCAAUACAAGGCACGUCAGAUCUGAGCCCCUUCUCUGACCCCCGGCAGUUCGAUCGCUCCUUCCCGACGCUGCCGGCUCUCACCGAGACCAGGUUCUCCGACCCGAGGAUGCAUUACCCCGGCGCCAUGUCUGCUGCCUUCCCUUACACCGCGACGCCCUCUGCCACGGGCAUCGGGGGCAUCAGCAUGACCAGCAUGCCCACCACGACGCGUUUCCACCACACUUACCUGCCACCCCCCUACCCCGGCUCCACGCAAAACCAAAGUGGACCCUUCCAGGCCAACCCCUCUCCCUACCAUUUGUACUACGGCACAUCUUCGGGCUCCUACCAGUUCUCCAUGGUGGCGGGCGGCGAGCGCUCCCCCACCCGGAUGCUUUCUUCUUGUACAAGUGCCUCAGCGGGGAACAACUUAAUGAAUCCCAACCUGGGCAAUCAGAACGACGGGGUGGAUGCGGACGGGAGCCACAGUAAUUCGCCGACAACCAUGACGACUACUGGGAGGAUGGAUGAGUCGGUCUGGAGACCCUACUAGGAGGAACUCAACUGGGGACCGAUAGCUUUAACUUAAUCAGCCACCGUUACAUUACUCCUUUUGGUAGUGAAUAUAGCAAAAUGAUGCCUAGGGAAAAGGUAAACCAAAGUCUCCCAAACCAAAAGCAAACCAGGAUCCUCUGCAUGCAAGCACGGGCAAACAUCAAGCGAAGACGGACCAGGACCUGCGUUACAUUUCAAGAUGAACGUCCACGAGGCUUGAAUUUGUCGCUUGAUGUGGUUCCUUUCGUAUGUUUUAAGUAUGUGGA